AAGUUUUUGGUUUUGUUUCUUUCUUUUGAAAAAAAAACGGUUCUUGCAGCAAGCGGAGGGCGGGAAAGACUCCACCUCCUGGAGAAUCAUAAAUUCCUCAGAGCCACCUCAAAUAUUGAACUUUCUCGCCGGGGCUGGACAUUUUAAAGAGAUCGUCCAGAUCGACACGUGUCGCCAAAUAAAAAAAAACACAACCGGAGAAAGGAGGGAAAAAAAUCCGACAGUCCAAAAUUUUUUUUGUCUUUGUUGAUAAUAUGAACUAAUUACAAUUUCUUUGAAGGGAGUAAGUUUUUUUUAAAGAAACAUUUUUAUCUUACCCCCUCAGAGUUCAAUCGGAUGGUGACUGCGUUUUUUUUCCCGAGGAUCUCCUAUUUUUGCUGGUGGUCACCCCAAGACUUUAACAAGGGACUGUUCUGUUCUGUCCAAAAGAAAAGUUUACUUUUAGAUGAAGUUUUUCUCCCCCUCUUUAGUUGGAACUUAUCGCGCAGGCGCAGGGAGAGCAGCGCAGCAAAUUCAAACGUAAAUUCUCUCUCUCGUUGGACUUUGAGGAGAGGGGAAAAGAAAGGGAACAAAGUAUGGUAGACAGGGGACCCUUACUGACCUCAGCCAUCAUCUUCUAUCUGUCAAUCGGUGCUGCCAUUUUCCAAGUUUUGGAAGAACCAAACUGGACUGAAGCAGUGAAUCAGUACAAACUCAAAAAGUCUCAGAUCCUUAAAGAACACCCGUGUCUCACCCAGGAGGAUCUGGAAAAGAUUUUAGAGGCGUGUGUUGAGUCUGUGACGGUGGGUCCCGGCUCUCUUAUCCCAGUCGUGUCUCCCAAAAGCGGAAGAGAGAGGUUAAAUUGUUCACAUCCUCCUGGUCUCCAAUUUCAAAAUAAAAUCGAAUGCUGGAGGUGCGAGAUUGAAACGACUGUUGAAGAGGCUGCAGGACAAGGUGUCACCAUCACCGGCAACAGGACCUUCAACAACUGGAACUGGCCGAAUGCGGUUAUUUUUGCUGCGACAGUCAUCACCACGAUCGGUUAUGGAAACAUUGCACCCAAGACUUCACAGGGCCGGCUAUUCUGCAUCUUCUAUGGGCUGUUUGGUACACCGCUCUGCCUCUCCUGGAUCAGUGCGUUGGGGAAGUUUUUUGGAGGACGAGCUAAGAAGUUGGGCGAAGCCUUGACCAGGAAAGGCAUGAGUCCACGGAAGGCCCAGAUAACCUGCACAGCUAUUUUCAUUGUAUGGGGUGUCCUGGUGCAUCUGGUAAUGCCACCCUUUGUCUUUAUGGUGACUGAAGGCUGGUCAUACAUUGAAGGCUUGUACUACUCUUUCAUCACAAUAUCCACCAUUGGGUUUGGAGAUUUCGUGGCAGGUGUGGACCCAAAUGCCAACUACCACAUCCUUUACAGAUACUUUGUUGAGCUUUGGAUCUACUUGGGUUUGGCUUGGAUUUCCCUUUUCUUCAAUUGGAAAGUUAGCAUGUUUGUCCAGGCACACAAAGCCAUUAAGAAACGGCGAAAACGAAUGAGGGAAUCUGUAGUAACCGUGUCAAAAAGCCAGCCUCUGAACCCUAAAAUGUCAGACUCCAAAAUUUCAGAAUCCACGGAGGUAAACAUCUUCCGCUUUCUUUCUAAAAAGCAAGAAAGCUACAAUGAUCUCAUCAAGCAGAUUGGCUCAAAGACUUUGAAGAGUAGCAGCACUAAGCUAUUGGGUGUUGAGGUCCCAGCCAAACCCACUACUAAGGACGAUGGCAGUGGUAUGUUCGGAACAGUUCAGUUGAGGCAAACAGUGGCCCUGAAAAGAUUCUGUUAUGAGCCAGCCAGCUUACCAGCUAUUGAAGACACUGAGAUGACAGCACCACUAAAUGAAGGCAAAGAUCCAAACUCGCAGCCAGAUUACACUCUGCAGGAGAACCAACUGGAUAAAAUCACCCGAGAGGACCGUUCACUGUGGGACACUCGCUCCCACCCACCGUUGUUCUUUGAGAAUGUCAACAUCAGAUUCAUAGAUGAACAGAACCUUCUCAGUGAUGACGAGAAGGUGGAAUUAUCACUGGAUGAGAACUUUGUGGACGAGGGAGAGUCUGAUGUUUUGGUGCAGACACCAGACACAAACAGUUCAGGCUUCCAGGCAUGCAAACUGGGACAUCCGCCCGACUACGAACAGCUGAUGAAUGGAUACAACAAAGUGCGCAAUGUUGAAGUGGUCAUAUAACCAAAGGAAUUUGGGAUCCACUUCUCCAAACUUUCUUCUAUAUUUCCACUUCGUUCAUUCAGCACUAGGACAUGAGCAAAAGGGGACAGACAGUAUCCUGUUGGUUUGGAGGAGCUGCUAAUGACAUUUGACGAUACGGUCAAAACACCUCCAAGGCGCAAGCACAAUCCCUUUUUAAAAUUUUUAAGAAAAGCGGCCUUAGCUGGAAAGGACGCAUUCCUCUUCUAAAUGGGGAGAGUCAGAUAUCAGAAUUUCUUGCAGAAAUGUUGACUGAUGAAACUGUGACCAAAACUAAAUCGUUUUCAAAUGUAAUGAUAUUCAAUUUCUCCCUCUCUCUCUCUCUCUCUCUCUCUCUCUCCUCUCUCCUGUCUCUCUCUCGCGUCUCUCAUAUACACUGUGAGUAUUUUUCUUUCAAUGACCGGUUUAAAAAAUAUUGUUAAUAUUUUAAUUUUGAGCCAAGAAAUGUAGAUAUUAAACAAGGCAGAUGUUUUUAGUUUCAAGGUGGUGUUGGCACAGUUAUCCUUCUGACCUUAAUUCAAUGAAGUACAGUUCAGCAAGUCCAAAUUUUUUGAUUUGAGAGAUUCAAGUUCAAUUGGGCUUCGAAUGACUUGUUUCAGUGAUUUGUUGGGAUAUUUUUGUUCUCUCUCCCCAGCCCGCACCCACCUCUAAAUAUAAAGCCAUUUCUAAUACAGAUUUUGCUACAGCCUGAGAGUUCAGCAUUUAUUGAAUCCCAUUAAAGUCACACUUUUAGAGCCCCAUAUUCUUGAUUUUGAUCUGCACCUUAUGACUGACACAUGUGUCUGUUUUAUAUGUAUUUCUGCCUUUAUGAAUUUACCCAACAGUACUCCAGAAAUUGAGCUUUUGUCUAUCUUGGGUUGUCUGAUGCAAAUCCGAAAGAAAAUGAAUGGGAAAUCAACAUCCGCUAAAUAAGCCAAAGAGGUGUUUUCCGUAAACCUUUCAAGCUGAGGUGACGUCACCUGUUGGCGAUCAUCGGAAAUAACCUAUGAACUCACUAGAAUGAGAGUCCUGUUCUUUUAUUCCCCAGCCACUUCCCUCCAAUGUGCUUUAACUUGUAAAUAGUGGCACAACUGAGCCAUUGUAUGCCUCUGUUUCUCUACAACGUUGCACGCCAGCUCUUCAGUCAUGCACAGUAAACUUUUUCAGUAGAAACUGGAAUACUUUUUUUGUUGGCACUUAAUUGUUUACAUUUGUUACCAAACAGGCACUAAUUUCAGUGACCGGUGACGUUUUGGAGGAAGAGAAAUGAGAGAUGAAUUCAGGCCCAGAGCGUGGCUACGGUACAUUGGUCAGGCCACGAGCAUGCCAAAAAGUGCAAUCACUAUAGGUGCACGAUCAUUGAUUUUCAUUUGUGCCUGGAGAUUUAUCUUUUUGAAAAGGCUCACAACAGUUACAGAACGGAGCUACUGCUGGAACUCUGCUCAAUUGGGCAUUUUCCAUUUUUAAAAAAAUGUGAAUUCAGAUAGACUGAAGAAAGAAGAUACUGUGCCCCACUAAUUCCAGGCUGCUGUUUGUGUUUUGUGUUGGUAGGAUUACGUACCAAAAAUGACCCAGUAUCUUGUCGGUACCAAAACCACGAGAUUUGUGAGGCAUUGGGUACCUCUCCUCGAUUGAGGUGAGGAUAGGAAAAUUGGGUGCAAAAAUUUAACGUUCCUGCUUUAUACCACUCCUGUUUUUAUUACGGAUGGCUUGAAGUUAUUUUUAGAAAUAUCGUUUCUCCAGAAUUGCCUUAUUAACUACCGGGAAGACCAUCAAAAGUUCUCACUUAUAAUUUGCUGUAUGCUAUUGUUGAGGAACUAUAUGGUGAGGCAUUGGUGUGUUUUUAAAGCCUCAUUGUGAAUUGAAGGAUUGUAGAUGUUUUUAAAAAGUUUUACUUGUCUCCAGACAAGUCAGUUUCAAAUGAAUGGAAAUCGACUAGUUACUCUAUAAAACAUGCACCCCGUUUGACAAUUUUUGAUGACUCCAGUGAAAGAUGUUGCAUGUGUGUCUCUGCUGUGUGGUAACGGUUUCAUAACCAUUUCCAAAUACCAGGAUGUUCUUGCCCUUUCAUCUCGUGUGUCAGGUGGGAACGCACUUGUUUAUACAAAUGCAUUGUAGAGACACACAGACAUCGCAUAGCCAGCCUGUCCUUGGCUAAAUGUCUCCUUUAUGGAGAUGUUGCACGCUAACUCCUUCUCCUCCCCCAGUUUAAAAUGUGUGAUCAGUGGAGUCUUUAGGCAUCACUUAACAUAACCAAAACUUGACUGUAUUGAAUGCUGGAAGCUGAACUGUAGGAAGUUUGUUACAGGCCAGAGACUAGGUGACCUUAUCAUAAAAACCAAGAUAGUGACGUAGGUUAUGGAGCUUAAAAACAGAAUGCAAUGGUUGUCUUGUUGCCGUAAGUCCAGUCAUAUGAUAGUUAGCUUGGAUAUGCCAGUCACUUUACUUUAAGGAAGCAUUUGUGAGGAAGGGUGCAGAAACCUCAAGUUGAAGUGAAGUGAUAGUGGUUUAUAAGCUGUAAAAGUGUAUGAUUUGACGAGCUGAGAACAGUUUUUAAUGUCUUCCCCAUUAACCACUCUUUCCC